AAAACAAUCCCCAGGAUUGCUUGAAUCGCGCGGUCACACGCGCUCAAGGAGCAUUUGUCAUCAGUGAAGAAGAGACGAAACUGUAUCAAGUUGACAGGGAGGCAGACUCAUCGCUUAUUCAGCCUUCUGAAGCCUGUACUUGCUUUUAAUCAUGGAUGCGUCCCUCUUUCAGUUCUUCUUAGAGGAAUUCGGCGACACCAACUGUACUCUUAUAGAUGCUUUUCAGGACACUUUAUACGACAAUUCGUCUUUCGCGUCGAUGAGUGUCGACGGUCUCUAUUGUAACGCCACCACGGAUGAAAUCGGAACUUGCUGGCCAAGAAGCAACUCUGGACGAAUAAUUGAGCGACCGUGUCCGGAGUACAUUAACGGCGUCAAAUACAACACCACUAGAAUUGCUUACAGAGAGUGUUUGGACAAUGGCACGUGGGCACUGAAAAGUAACUACUCCAACUGUGAGCCCAUUUUAGAGGAAAAGAGGAAGUACCCCAUGCACUAUAAGAUAGCCCUCAUCAUAAAUUACUUUGGUCACUGUAUAUCUGUUGGAGCUCUCGUUAUUGCCUUCAUUCUCUUUCUGUGCUUGAGGAGCAUCCGAUGCCUUCGCAACAUAAUCCACUGGAACUUAAUUACAACUUUCAUUCUGAGGAAUGUAAUGUGGUUUUUGCUUCAACUGAUUGACCAAAACAUUUAUGAGACGAAUGAGCCCUGGUGUCGUCUUAUAACAACAAUCUAUAAUUACUUUGUGGUGACCAAUUUUUUCUGGAUGUUUGUGGAGGGCUGCUAUCUUCACACCGCUAUUGUGAUGACAUAUUCCACAGACAAGCUUCGAAAAUGGGUCUUCCUCUUCAUUGGAUGGUGUAUACCAUGUCCGAUAAUUAUAACGUGGGCCAUAGGAAAACUUUACAAUGAAAAUGAACAAUGCUGGUUUGGGAAAGAACCUGGAAAGUACAUAGACUACAUUUAUCAGGGGCCUGUGAUUUUAGUUCUUCUUAUAAAUUUCGUGUUCCUUUUCAACAUUGUGCGCAUUUUAAUGACAAAGCUGAGAGCCUCGACCACAUCCGAAACAAUACAAUACAGGAAAGCUGUGAAAGCCACUCUAGUGCUUCUGCCUUUACUCGGUAUCACAUACAUGCUGUUCUUUGUGAACCCAGGCGAGGAUGACAUAUCGCAGAUUGUAUUUAUCUAUUUCAACUCAUUUCUUCAGUCCUUUCAGGGAUUCUUCGUGUCCGUAUUUUACUGCUUUCUUAAUGGUGAGGUACGUUCUGCAGCCAGAAAACGUUGGCAUCGCUGGCAGGACAAUCACGCGCUGCGAGUCAGAGUGGCGAGAGCCAUGUCCAUCCCCACUUCCCCCACCCGCAUCAGCUUUCAUAGCAUCAAGCAGACCACGGCCGUCUGACCUUUACACAAUAGCUUUUCCUCUUUAAUAAUUCAGCCACACAGUUGGACUGCAAGUGGCACGAAAGACCAAGUGAUUGUUUUUGGCCUUUAAUGGUCAGAAGUGACAUCCGACAAGCAGUGAAUUUGAUUUAUAUCUCUGUGUAAUUUUGUCAAUGGGCCUGAACUGAAGGGUUUCAACGGAACUGAUGAAAUGUUUCUUUUCACUCAGUAGAUUGCAGCCAUCCAGAACACCCUAGCAUCUGUUUCAUCUAUCUAUCUAUCUAUCUAUCUAUCUAUCUAUCUAUCUAUCUAUCUAUCUGUCGUAGUUGAUUUGUAUUUUAACUCUUUCCCUACCAGUGUUUUUUUUAAGUUGCAGAGCCUUUAAAAGAACAGAGCCUUUGCUUUAAAAAAUAUUUUUGGUUUAAAAUAUUCAUGCAUUCAUCCAUUCUUUUUUUUUAAUCUACGCUUGUAUGUGGGCAAGUUUUAUUUAAAAAAAGCAACAUUUGACCAAAAAGAUAAGAAAAUCGCAUUUCUGUAAAAGAUUACAGUAUCUGAAUCAGAUUCAGGGUGAUGAUCAAAACAUAGAUGGAGUAGAUAGAGUCCAUAAACUUGCACAGUUCUUAACCACUUCCUGGAUCAACAUUUAAUUUGUUAAAGUUUGGUAGUUUAUGCUGUUUGAUGUUUAAUUGUGUUAUUUUACAUAUGCAUCUGCUUACAUAUGAGACUGCUUCUUUCUGCACUUCUUCUUCACUGUUUUGAUCCAGACUUCCAAUAUUUUUUCAGAAGAUAUUUAAUAGCGUCUCCUACCUAUACGGUAAAAACACUGAAAGCCAGAAAAUUCAAUGGCAGGGAUGCGCUGUCUCCGAAAUGAUGGAAAAUUGGUGGGGAAAGAGUUAAAGGAUUAGUUCACUUCCAGAAUUAAAAAAAAAAUCCUGAUAAUUUACUCAUGCUCAUCUUGCUCUAGCUCUAUGACAAUCAAGUUGGAAAAGUCACGCAUGGUUAGUUCUUCGUCUGUGUACUCUGGUUCAAAAAGGUAGGGUAGGACGAAAAACUCCAUUUCAUUUUCUUCUCCAACUUCAAAAUCAUCUGACAUUGUUGUUUUACAUUUUUUGUAAAGGGCGUUUUGUAAAGGACUUACUUUGCAUGUUCACUUUGUAAACACUGGGUCGGUACUUCUGCCGAAGUCACACGUGACCUUUCCAACAUGUUUACGCAAUGUGUGAAGUCAUAGACAUGCAUCACAGAUCUACUGCAAGACAAGCAUUUGUAACGAGUGAUGUAGAAACGGCCCUCUCCCGCCCCUGCAGUCUAUCUAUAACACAUUCUAAGGGCUGGCUCUACGUCACAUCUCGUGACGUAACCUCGACUUUACUUUUAAACCCAGAAGAACGAAAUUGCUCAAAAUGAAAAAAUAACCAAUUUCCACUUUUUGAUAACAUUUAUGAGUGCUAUUAGUGUUUUCACUGAAAUGCAGUCUGUACAAAUCUGUUCACAUCUCAAAAAAUGUGUUUUAGGGUUUCAUGACCCUUUAAAAAGCAUAUACAUUUUUAUUUUUUUAGAAAAUGGACAAUCAUUUUGCUUGAUAAGACCCUUAUUCCUCGGUUGGGAUCGUGUAGAUCCCACCCUUUGAAUCUGCAUUGAAACUGCAGUUUGGACCUUCAACCCGUUGGCUUGCAUUAAAGUCCACCACACUGUAAAAAACAAUUUGUUGAGUCAACUUAAAAUAAUUUGUAACCUGGCUGCCUUAAAAUUUUAAGUUCAGUCAACUCAAAAAAAGUUUAUUCAACUUGAAAUGUUAAAUUAUAUUAAGUGACAACUUAGAUAUUUGAGUUGAAUCAACUUAAAUUUUUAAGGCAGCUGGGUUACUUACCCAUCUGUUAAGUUUAGCAAACACAAAUAUCUAAGUUGUUACUUAGUACAAUUUAACAUUUCAAGUUGACUAAACUUAUUUUAGUUGACUGAACUUAACAUUUUAAGGCAGCAGGCUAACAAAUUAUUUUAAGCUGACUCAACAAAUUGUGUUUUUUAUUUUUUACAAUGUACAGUAUAUGGAGAAAAAUUCUGAAAUGUUUUCCUCAAAAGACUAAAUUUCUUUCUUAAUGAAGAAGGAUGUAUUCUUGGAUGACAUGAGGGCGAGUAAAUUAUCAGGAAAUUUUUAUUCUGGAAGUGAACAACUUCUUCAAAUAUAACUGGUAGCUGACUGUGCCACCUAGAGUAGGUAAAGACACUCCAGGAACUCAAUAAUAAUUUUUUAGGGUAGGGAACGGAUGAGCAUUCAGCACACUGAUCAGGCAAAUCAAUUUAUUAUAAAAAAAAGUCCCAGAGUUCUAUUAUAAAAUAAUCUUAAUAAUCUAAGUUUAGUCCACACUUGGCAUCUGAAUCACACUUGGAACUAGAGACUUCAGAUCUCUACCGCAGCAGAAGAUGUGGCAACCUCUACUAGCUAGUCCAAAAGUUAUCCAGCGCCGCUGAAAUACAGCAGUAAUUAUCCUAGUUAUCCUGCCUGACAUGCCGAGAAUCCAGCAGUGCUCCGUUGGCUACUCACUGCUCACAGUCUAACAACAAAUGGAGCCUUCAAACAACAUUCUUCAUCUUGAGCCAAUACAAAUGCCAUUUCACUCUGGACAUCAUUCUUUCAACAAUUGCAAGGGCCAAUGCUUCAUGGUAUCGCUUUCAUAAGUUCUCUCACUUUGAAGCUAGACAAACCAUCUGAAACUGACACUAAUGUCGGUCAUUGUUUUGCAUAGAACUCCAUCAAUGAUCUUAAAGUGAUUUUUAAUUAUCAUUCCUAGGGAUGGGAUAGAUUGUGCGGUUGUGUGCAUUUCUUGGGUGAACUGGAAGAAACUGCUGCUUCAACUUCAUUCAGUCUCAUGAAUAUGCAGCCGUGCACAGGAGAGAAGCAGCUGAGGUCAAGAUUAUUACAAAACCAAUCUAUACAUUUUUUUUUUUUCCACCAAACUCUAUAAUUUGCAUUUAGAACACUUUGAAUAUAUAUGGCAGGAGUCAUGUGGGAACAUUCUGUGAUAUUUUUUCACCUUUUUUUAAAGCUUGAAUGUGGUCGCUUUUCACUGCCGUCAUUUAAAUGAGUGCAAGCAGAAAACGUUUCUUCUGUGACUUUACUACAAAUGUGAUGUCUUCAACUGCUGGCAUGUCAUGGAUGAUAGAGCAUUUAAGUCAUUUUCAUGGAUCCGUGUGAAUGCAGAUCUUUUUGACAAUGUUGUUAUUUGACUACUUUUCAAAAAUGCAAAUCAUUGUCAUGUAAACAUACCCUUAAUAACUAAAAGGGCAGAACAUUUUUAACCUAUCUAUCUGUCUAUUCAUCUGUCUCUCAGUCAGUAAACUUAAAAGCCUUUUUAAAAUUAGUAGAGGCAACAUCAAGUUAGAGAAAAUAUAAAAUAUAUAAUGUUUAAUUGCUCCUAGACUGUAGGUUUAAUUUACAUGAAACUUGGUAUCACCCUCAUGAAAAAUCAUUACUAAAAAUGUUUGGGAUACAUCAAAGCAAUGCAAAGAUAUAUCUAUAUCUAUAUCUAUCUAUCUAUCUAUCUAUCUAUAUAUCUAUAUCUAUAUAUAU